AUGUCGAAGAGAAAAAAAUUUUCUAAAUCAUCGCUGAAUAAUAGUAGGACACAGAGAAUAGUUUGGCUGCACAUAGAAUCCAUAGCAAAGUGGACGACGAAGAGUGAACUAAGUGGCUACGCGGAGGAAUUAAACACCAUUGUCGGCAAUGCUUUUCGUAUGGCAUACGUGGCGCAGCUUCAGCGCCAACCGAUCCUUCAGGAUGUGAUCUCACCACAGUCGUCACCCUACAGAAAGGACAAACAGGAGAAUCGAUCUUCGUGGAACAAAUCGCUAACUGGCGACAGCUCGAUAGCCAGCGCGGGAGGAGGAGGAGGUGUUUGCAGGAAUUCGUCUUCGAAUUCGUGGCUGAAAAGUCGGACGUCGCCCACGUCCAGAAGUGGAAGCGGCUCGUCUGCGGCGGACAUGAACGUGCAGCUAGGCAGCGCCGGCUCGCCCACGCUGCGACUCGCUAGCGUGAAGACACCGAACUCGAUCCCGGGUCUACGGCCGAGCCACAACUUCACGAACGUUCUCGGCCCGAUUACGAACGAGGAUGAGCCAAAGAGUAUCUCUCAGCAGAGCACGCCAAGCAGCGAUGAGAGCAACUCACCAACGGAGCUGAACUCGUACAAGAGACUAACGGACAAGCCACCUCUGAUAAAGCGGCUGGCGAUGGGUUUGACAGGUGGACGUGACGUUCUUGGACUGAACGGUGAGGAUGACAGCUGCCCCCUCGUCAGUGGUAGCAGCACACCGACCAGCCCAUCGAACAGGCCGCAUUCCGGGGGUUAUAUAAACGAGGCGAUCAUCGACUCGGAGGGCACGAGGCCGGCCUACAACAAGAUACCCCCGUCCGAGAGCCUGGAUAACACCAUCAACGCGUCCAUUACCGCGAAGAACUUCAACAUUGAGAACAACAGGAUAGGACACAACUCACCGAGCUCUGGCACGGAAACGGAAUUCAAAUCGAAGAGAAGAUCUCAAAUUAGUACGUCGAGCAGCUCGGUGCCUGCCGAUGGAAGCACACACGGCUCGACACCAACUCCACCGCCUCUUCCUGAAAGGACGGACAGUUUGAAUAAUCGCAGUGAAGAAGCGGAGCUGCGCAAAGCUCCCUGGUUCCAGGCUGGAAUACCUAGGGAAAUAACGCUAGAAGUGUUGAGCCAAGAGCCGGAAGGAGCCUUCAUGGUGCGAGAGAGCACUAGUAAACCCGGAUGUUAUGCCCUUUCGCUUCGAGUGCCGCGCGAAUUCCAACCAAGCGGAAUAGCCCAUUAUCUCAUAAUGCGUACGAACAAAGGCUACAAAAUCAAGGGCUUUACCAAGGAAUUCACAACUCUGACCGCGCUAAUUACUCACCAUUCGGUGAUGCCGGAAUUACUGCCAUGCCCGUUGUCGUUAAGCCGAUACAACCCUAGCUUUGUGAAAAGCGAUUCCAACAAAGACUUCGCGGACAUCGAUUCGGACCCCGAUUACAAUACUUUAGCCGACUUUCGUAAAAUGAUGGCUGACCUGAACGUCUAGAAUGAAGCUCUCCUCGCAUUCAGGACGACCUGGGGGGAAAAAAAGAAAAAUCGAUACUUUCACCGAAGCUCUUCAAACCGAUACCAGCCAAAGCGAGUUCUCGUUUCGAGGGAGAACUACGAGGGAAACUGGAACGCGCUUUGCGCACGAGAGAUCGCUUAAACGGCGAGUGCAGGCAUCAAGAAUUCACGAAAUCGAAUGUUGAAACUGUGUUUCCCUUCGUCGUAAAUCGUGUUCGUCAACGACGAGUAAAACAUUGAAUGAAAUUAACAAGAAAGACACGAUCGAUUAACUUGCUCUGUAACAAUCCAUCGCACGUUCGAGAAUGAAGGAGAGUAUCGUACAUCUUGAAUGAUGAUUCUGUACACUCUCGCGGUGAUAUGUAAUCGUAAGUCAUCGGAUAGUUAUAGGAAUACGUAGCGUAAGUAAUUUAAUGAUCAACGCCAUUCAUGGAAGUAACAGCGAAUCAAAAGUCGGAGGACGCACAUCAGGGAAACUGUUUUCCUUAAUUUCUUGUAGAUUGAGCCACAGGGUUUGCGUUAAAUUUCAUGACUAAAACCAUCGACGUAGAUUCUACUCUAAUUAAAUUGUUAACAGUCCACCAGCGUCAUUGGUAUUUGUUAAUACGUGUUUUUUGACGCCAACACUGCGAUAGAAAAUUUUGAAAGAUAGCUAGUUUGCAGCAUUUUUCACGAGCUAGUUCAUUUCGAUCGAAUAGAAGUU